UAUGAUUUAUGCUUCUCCAGGUCUCUGCGGUAAGAGACAGAAGAGCAAAAAUCUGUCGCAGAGAGGAGAGCUGCAAUGAAGAAAAUAGUGAUUAAAGUUGCAAUCUACUGCCAAAUCUGCAAGAGCGAUGCGCUUAGUGUCGUUACUAAGCUUACAGGUAUUAACGAGAUAUCGGUGGACGAGGAGAAGAGAACGUUAACAAUAAUAGGAGACGUUGAUCCAGUGUUGGUAGUUAAAAGACUUAAGAAAAAAAGAAAGUGUCCACAGUUGGUGAGUGUUGGACCCCCGAAGCCACCGGAACCGAAGCCAGAGCCAAAACCAAAGCCAGAGCCAAAACCAAAGCCGUCGCAACCCGACCCUCCUUGUCCCUGCCUUCCUCCGUCAUGCAAGAACUGUGAGCUUGUUGCGGUGGUCAUCACACCCUAUGAAGGCUGGACGUGUACCAUCCUAUGAGGAUCCCAAUCACAAAUAUAUUUGCUUCUUUCUCCAUUGUUGGUGUUCAUUUGUUUUGUGUUAAUUACAAAUUUUCCCUCAAAACCUAACUCAGGUUUUGACUUAAUGUCUACAAAAUAAAUUAUAAUAUUAUCCUUAACUAUUUUCACUUAAAAAAAGUAC